UUAUCAAUAACCUAUAAGUUUGGCCGAGGUAUUUAAAUGAUCGAUCAUUCAUGGAACCGGAAGUAAAUUAAGGGAGAUUCGUGAUUUUAGGACAUUUUGGAAAUUCAGUAGGAAAAAGGGGUUUGCAAAAUGACGACGCCAGCGCGUGUACAGAAAAUAGUGGAUACCUACGAGAGUAUGCUGGGCGAGUUAAAGCGUAUUCCUGUUCAGUUAAAAAAGCUUGAAACAGAACAUCUGCAACUGACUAAAGACAUAGAAAAAUUCAAGGAUUCUGAUAAAAACUCUGCAGCAAACAUUCAAAGGUUAAAGGAAGCGAAUGCGGAGGUAAAAAAACUGCAAAAAGAGAAUGAAACUUUGCAGAGAAAGCUAGAGAAGUUAAGCAAUCGAGUAGAAGGGAUGCAGAUAAAACGCCAAGAAGCUGGGAAUGAGACCAGUGGUUUCGGCGCGAGACAAGAUCGAGAAAAACAGCUGCAGGAGCAAUUGGGUGAAGCCAAAACCCAAAUUCUCGACAUCCAAAAUGAGUUAGACGACACAAAAUUAAGGUUAAGUAAAGCCUUGGGAGGACGCCUUAACGAUGGAAAUCCUGACAUUGCUGAUCUUAGCGACAAGAAUCGACCUACUAAACUUGGUGAACGCUACUCAGAAUUGUAUGACAACCAAUGGACUGAUGCGUUUGAUGUGUUUGACAAACAAGGGAUGUCAGAAAGGGACGUUAUAAAGCUUCUUCUUAAGAUUUUACAGUUUUACUUGAUGGUAAUUAAUUCAUUGUGUUUAAUAAAGGAUACUUACGACUUCUGCCAAAAGAAAUCUCUGGAACAAAUGCAGAAUAUCAUACAGGCUAUGCUUAUCAAAGACAAUAUGAGUGGUAAAGAGGUGCCGUCCCUGAGACUGAAGCAGUAUAAGGACUGCCGUAAAGAAGUAGGAGAGGAAUCAGGAAAGGCUGUGCUCGAGGAAUACCUGAGAACACUGAAGUAUUCAUCUGCGGCGAGCAAACCUCUUCAAGUGCAGCCUUAUGUCAAGGAAUGCGUUUUACUUUGCUGGUUGAUGUGCCUUCAGGACCCUCCAGUUGUCCUUGAUAAACCUCGUGGUCGCGGGGAGAGCUUCGAGAGCGAAAUGUACCGAGCGUACACCAAGAAUGGCAAGAAGAUUGAGUUUCUCGUUUGGCCGGCUAUGCUUUUGCACAAAGAUGGCAACGUUCUUUGCAAAGGAGUUGCCCAAUGCUACGAUUCACUCAAACAAGAUUACUUGGACAACGGUAUCAAUGGCAGACAGGCUUGGAUGGAAACCCCUCGAUCAUCUGAACAUAAAGAUUAUACAAUGGAAAUUGUCUAUCCAUCUAGGCAAACGCACCACUCUGGAUCAGCACGAUCUACCCGCUUUUAUGACACUUCAAGAAAUAAAGAUCAUAGUAUUGAAAGGAGUCACCCUAGACAAGAACAAAGCCGUGUGGGCAAAAACCUGUACGAUCUUGAGACGGCUUCAAACCCUUCGACUCCCACAGUUCAGUCAGUACGGCACGAAAUUACCGAUCAAGACAUGGACGACUUCUUUUAUUACAGACGAAUUUGGUCGUAUGACUAUGAACGUGCGAGAAACUGCAUGGGAAAGAAAAAAUAUGACCAAUGCCGCGAAUUCUAUAAACAAUCAGCUUAUGAUCAGCUCGAGAAACUGCAAUCUGAAAACCUGCAACUGAGUAAAGACGUAGAUAAAUUAAAAGAUGCUAAUAGAAAUGCUGCAGCACAUAAACAUAAGUUAAAAGAGACGCAAGCUGAGGUAGAAGAACUGCGAAUGGAAAAGGAUAUGCUGCAGGAAAAGGUGGACUAUUUAAACAAGCAAGCAGAAGAAUUGAAGAAAAAUCGACAAAAAGCUAGGGGAGAGACCAGCGAGUUUGGAGACAGAAGGUAUCAAGAACAUCAGCUGAAGGAGCAACUCAAUGAAGCCAACACCCAAAUCCAUGAUAUUCAACACGAGUUAGAUGAAACAAAGUUAAGGUUAAGCAAAGCCUUGGGGAAACACCUUAAAAACAGAACAACUAAACUUGAUGAACGCUACUCAGAGUUGUACGACAACCAGUGGACGGAUGCGUUUGAUGUGUUUGAAAAGCAAGGAAUGACAGAAGAGGAAGUUAUUAGACUUCUUCUGAAGAUUUUACGGGAUGUCUACGACUUCUGCCAAACGAAAUCUCUGGAACAAAUACAGAGCAUCAAGCAGGCCAUGUUAAUCAAAGACACUAGGAGUGGAAGAGAGAUACCAUCUCUGAGACUGAAAAAGUAUUUGGACUGUCGUAAAGACGUAGGUGAGGAAUCAGGGAAGGCUGUGCUCGAGGAGUACUUAGGGAAACUGAAAAGCACGUAUUCGUCGGAGGCGAAGAAAGCGCUGCAAGUGCAGCCUUAUGUCGAGGAAUGCGUUUUACUUUGCUGGUUGAUGUGCCUUCAGGAUCCUCCAGUUGUGCUUGAUUCACCUCGUGGUCGCGGGGAGAGCUUCGAGAGCGAAAUGUACAGAGUGUACACCAAGAAUGGCAAGAAGAUUGAGUUUCUCGUUUGGCCGGCUAUGCUUUUGCACGAAGAUGGAAAUGUUCUAUGCAAAGGAGUUGCACAAUGCUACGAUCCACUCAAAAAAGAUUAUCUGGAAAACGAUACCAAACGCAAAGACCUUACGAUGGAAAACUACCCAUUCUCUGAUCGGAAAAACAAAACUUUAAAAAAUGUCUAUCCAUCAAGGGAAAUUAACCAAUAUGGAUCCGCAAGGGCUACCGGCUUUAAUGAAUCUUCACGAAAUCACGCUUAUCAUUUUGAAAGCAGCUACCUUGGGUAUAUCCAAAGCAAUGAUGACAUAGAUCGUUCCAAUUUAGGAGGGCAGUCUCCUACUCGUAGAUCAAACAUGUACGGAAUUACCGACCGAGACAUGGACGACUUCUUCUUUUACAGAAAGCGUUGGUCGGAUGACCAUGACAUGGCCAGAAGCCAUAUGGGGAAAGAAAGAUACGACCGUUGCCGCGAAUACUAUUACAAAACGUAUUUUUGAAAGUUUUAAAGAGGACUGUUGACUUAGAUUUAAAAAAUAUGCAGUAAAUUUUGUAAAAUUAUAUCUGUACUUAAGACGUAGAUUUCAUUUUACGUAAUUUUUAGCGGCUAGCGUAUAAUUGUUGAUAGAAAAAUGUA